AUGCCUCCUUCUACUUCACGAGCUAUUGCUAGGUUCCUAAUAAGUGACGUCCAUGAUGGACGUAGCAUGAGCUUCUGGUUCGACAACUGGAGCCCUUUAGGCCCUCUCAUAAAUGUCUUUGGCACGGAUGGAAAUCGGAGGUUGAGAGUCCGCUUAGAAGCUUCUGUUGCGGACGCUUGCACUGCGCAUAUAUGGAGACUACCACAUCCAAGAUCGGAUCAAGAGGUCUCUCUCCACGCUUUCCUCACUAACUUCCCUUUGCCAGCUAUAGACAGAGGACCUGACGUGUUUGGGUGGUCUACUAAUGGCGACAUCAACCACUCAUUCUCCUCAGGAAAGACUUGGGAAGCUCCCAACCCGCUCUCGACUUGCGGCUUGGGGAAUGCAGCUCCCAUCAGUGUGCUGUAUCUGCUCUUCUCAACCGGAAACAAGGGACCACUUGAUGCUCUCUUGCCCCUUUGCUGA